ACUUCAAUUUCGGAAAAUGUGACUGCUGAACAAGAACAAGAUGCUAACUCUGCUUUAACAGAACUUGAUAAGGGCCUUAGAUCAAAUAAAAUUGGCAGUCAAUGUGAAGCAGUAGUUAAAUUUCCUAAAUUGUUUGAAAAAUAUCCAUUUCCCAUCUUAAUAAAUUCAGCUUUAUUGAAACUAGCUGAUGUGUUCAGAGCAGGGAAUAAUUUUAUUCGUCUGUGUAUAUUAAAAGUGACUCAGCAGAGUGAGAAACAUUUAGAUAAAAUAAUUAAUGUUGACGAGUUUAUUAAAAGAAUAUUCACUGUUCUACACAGUAAUGAUCCUGUAGCAAGGGCUAUAACUUUAAGGACUUUAGGAAGUAUAGCUGGUAUUAUCUCAGAAAAGAAAAAUGUCCAUCACAGUAUAACAAUGAGUUUAGAUUCACAUGAUACCGUAGAAGUGGAAGCAGCUAUUUUUGCAGCUAAUCAUUUUUCAGCUGUCUCCAAGGUAUUUGCAGCUGGUAUUUGUAAUAAAUUAGCUGAGAUGAUUUCUGGGUUAGCUACACCAGUUGAUAUGAAAUUACAGCUGAUAUUGAUAUUUCAACACAUGCAUCAUGAUAUUACUACUGCUGCCAAGGUAAAAAAAAUGUGUACUUCAUUAUUAGAAUGUUAUCCUGCCUGUAGAUUUGUGAUUCUAACAUUAGAUACCAUGACACAACUAGCUGUCAGAUCAUUAUUCAGUGUACAAGAACAUGUUGAAUUAUUAUUAAAAUAUUUACAAACAGACUGUCGACAACCUGUCAAACUCAUUUGUCUUAAAAACCUUAAACAACUAGCCAAGAUAUCAUCUCAUAUGUGGAAAGGAGAAUACAUUGAGACCAUAGCUGAAUUCACUUUAUCAACUCCCAGUAUAGUUUUAAAGAUAAACAGUAUUAAUAUACUGAAUAGUAUCUGUAAUACUGUAGCUGUUAGAUUGAUACCAGUCUUACCAGGUAAUUUGAUUAAAUUGAUGAAGAUUUGUCAAGAGUACUGUUACCAUGACAACUUGGCAUUAUCAACAAAAACUGUUCAAUUAUUAACCUUAUUGGCUGGAUCUAAACGUAAGUCCCACCUAAUCAUUUGCUUGGACCUAUCAGAAGAAAUAACUAUUAUUCAAACACAUCUUAUAUUAUUGAUUGGUAAUAAUAUCUGUCCUAUACAGGAACUAAAAUCAAGUCUACAAUGUGCUAUAAGAGUAUGUAAAGUAUCACCAUUACAUUGUGAAGGUUUUGUAGAGACAAUGGCUAAUCUACUACCUCAAGCUCAAGGGAAAGAAGCUGAGUUAUUAUGUGAAUGUUUAGCAUCAAUAGGAGAUAAUAAUAAUAAUAAUAUUCAGUUGGCUGUACCUAGUAUUAUAUCUUAUUUAACAGAUAGUGUUCAAACUUCCCACAUAUCUAAUACACAGGUAUAUUUAUGUACCCUACUGUUUCAAGCAUCAAAGGGUGCUACAAUACCCAAUCAAAUUAAAGAUCUGAUAUUACAUUGUGGAGAAACAGCCAAUCAAUGGUUAGCUUACAAAAUUGUUCGUCAAGCUAUGAGAUAUGGUCAGUGUGGAAUAGCUUAUAUUCUUUUACAACAAAUCAAAUCAGAGGUUGCAUCUGAGAAUCUGUAUUAUUGGUUGAUGGCUUUAGAACAUCUGUGUCAAGUAGAAAUCAAGUUGCAAGAUGUGAAGGGUGAUAACUCUAAUUUAUUAUUAUGUUCUUCUGCUGCCUUAGAAAUGUACCAGAAAUCACUUGUUGCCUUGAAGGCUGGAUGUUCAAGUACGUUUCAUCUGAAGUUUGCUAUAGAGUAUAUUACUAUUAGAAUACAGUUAGUACAAGCUCAUCAACAGUUAUUAUUGACCUGUAAUACAUUCCGUACAUCCCCACCUCCAGCUAUAGCCUCUGCCCUGGCUGCUAGUAAUGGUCAAGACAGUGCUAGAUGGAGUCAAAUUAUAGCUCAGUUAGAGAAAUGUGUACAAGAAUAUGAAGAUUUAAGUGUUAAAAUCUCUGAACUACACUGGUCUUCUUUUGAUGCUGAUUCUAAAUCAUUAGAAAAUGUUGAUAUAUUACAACAAAGCUGUGAUGUAAUUAAAUCAAGUAUAACAACAAUAGUUUCUCUUGUACAUACAGGAAAUAAACAACAAAUAUUAGAUAAAGAUGUGGAGGGUUCAGUACAGAUGGCUUUACAACAAAUAUCUUACAAUCUCGAAACAACAUUACAUACUACACCUAUAUCAGAUAUGACUAGCAAGGUCUGUUUAUUUAUAUAUAUUAAGCUUUCAUUGUUGUCAUCGUCUGCUAAGUUAAUGUUACAGGCCUCUCAUCCUUAUCCUAGAUAUUUCUUCCAGACAUUACAAUAUACUGCGGUUAAGCUGGCGGUAUCACCACAGCAGAAUAUACAUCAAGAACCGAUCUCUGUACGAUGUGAUACCCACAUGACAUUAAAAGUUGAAGGUGUCAUACAUCAUAGUGACAGUUUAUUUAGACAAGUUAAACAAGUUACUAUUACUACUAAAACUAUACUACAGAGUCGUAGUACAGCUUCAAGUUCUAAUACGAAGAUGAAUGAAAUUACAUCACAUUUUCUAACCAGGACAAUAGAGCCUCACAAUGAUUAUUUCUGUGUCAACUUUCUACUUCCAUUUCCUAUUCUUGGUAUUCAUGGUAUUACUAUAGAGGCAGCCAUUGUUGAUGAGAGUGGUGCUGUGUGGAAUACUGGACCUAAAGAAACAUUGACUGUCAAA